UCCCCAAACUUGCUGGUAAAGCACACAACUACCUCCAUUUUCAAAUCCAGAAAAAGAGCACUUCUCUCGCAUCACUCUCUCUCUCCAGCCGGCCGCGAACUUGUCACGUACUGCACAGGGAAUCUCCCAGCUUUCUUCUCCUACCAUGCCAAUCAUCUCCGCUAUAAACCAACUUUCUUCUUCUAUCUCUCCCCUAGGGUUUCUCUAUAACUCACCGGUGCGCCCAUGGAUUCUCUGUUUCCCGCCAUUUUCGUUCUCUCGGUUUUCUCCGUGUUCUCUUUGGCUCAAUCAUCGACGAUCGGCGUCCACCACAUAUCGAGCAUACUGGAUAUUCAAGACCGCGAGAGAGCUUCUCCUGCAGUCCAAUUAGCUGCAGCUCGCGGCGUCCUUAAGCGCCUGCUUCCUUCUCAUUCCUUUGCUUUUGAGUUCCAUCUCAUCUCUAAGGAGCAAUGCAGGGGAAAAAGUUGCUUUAUCAUCAGAAAUAAUCCCUCCUCCUAUCCUUAUGAGCAUGAUGAACCAGAAAUUUUAAUUGCUGGCGUCACUGCAGUGGAAGUCUUGGCUGGCCUACACUGGUACUUGAAAUAUUGGUGCGGUGCACAUAUAUCUUGGGAAAAAACAGGGGGUGUACAACUGUUUUCAGUACCUAAAUCAGGAUCUCUCCCCAGUGUUCAAGAUUCUGGGGUCUUGGUUCAGAGACCUGUUCCUUGGAAUUACUACCAGAAUGCCGUUACAUCUAGUUAUUCUUUUGCUUGGUGGGACUGGAAAAGAUGGGAAAAAGAAAUUGAUUGGAUGGCUCUCCAAGGAAUCAACUUGCCACUUGCAUUUACUGGUCAAGAGGCUAUUUGGAAAAAGGUUUUCGAGGAGAAAUUCAAUAUAACAAGUUCAGAAUUGGAUGACUUCUUUGGAGGACCAGCAUUUCUUGCAUGGUCACGAAUGGCAAAUUUGCAUGGGUGGGGUGGUCCCCUACCACAAAGUUGGUUUGAUCAACAAUUAGAUCUACAGAAGAAGAUUCUUUCCAGAAUGUAUGAAUUGGGAAUGACGCCAGCUGGCUUAGAAAGAGAGACACUAUCACCGUCCAGAUCUGAAGUGGCGGUGGCAUUUGGAUUGUGGCGGAGUGUUCAAAGAAGAAGACUCGGCCGGAUCACAGAGGAUGAAGCUUGGGUCCGGCGGAUCGUUUGAAACCAGAAAGGAGCAGGACGAAAGCAGAGGCGGCAGCGACCUGAAGAGACACCAAGAGAGAGGUUGCGGUGGCUGAACAAAAGCACGAUCAGAUCCGAUUCAACCAGAUUUACGUGCCAGGAGCCAAAUUGACUGGUGGUGAGGAAGUUGAGUGCGAGCAACGGUUCUGUUCAGAAAAGCUAAACGGGUUUGCUCGUUGCAUUUUCUGGCGCGAAAACCGUCCUGCGGGCAGUGGAAGAAGCUUGGAUACAUGUGCAACUUGGAGCAACAGAACCAUGCAAUGGGAAGAAGAUGAAGCGGCAUUGGCGAUCUGUCCCCAGAAUGACUAGAUCUGUGCAAAGAAGAGGUGCAGCAGCUAUCGGUUGCCUGAAGCUAGAUCUGCAGCGUUUUCGGCACGAUUCAGGAGAUCCAUUCUGAAUCUGAGCACGCUGCAGUUCUGUGGUGAUUUCCAGACAAAACGCGAUGACACAUGGUGAUUCUGGAGGAGGUGCGUGCGGCAACACGUGGUUUGGCGGCGUAUAGUGGCUUCUGGUGCUUACGCGCUGUGGUUUUUUGUGCAGUGGUAUUUUCUUGUGUGUGGUUGUUUAUUUCUGAUAGUAGUAAUUCUCUUUAUUUGUCUUUUAUCUACUUCAGGUGUUUUUGGUUGCUAGAUGAUGCAGAAAUCGAGAUCAACAAUUCAAUCCAAAACUCGACAUAUAACAUUAGUAUGCUGAGACAUAAAUUUCUAAAUAAAUUCUCCAUACUUAACCCAUAAUCAACUAUGUGAAGAUGAAAUAAGGUGAUUGAGAUAAAUUAUAUUGAUUAGAAUACCAAAACAAAUAUCUUGAUAAGUUAAAAUCAAGUCAAGAAAAGAGAUUGACG